AUGGCGGGUCUAUCAAACUUCACCUCGGUCUUUUCUGCCAACACCGACACUCGUGUCGCAAAGCGCAACCGCCGCCCUUUGUCUUGCUCGACAUGUCGGGCCAAAAAGUUGAAAUGUGAUCGCCAACAGCCAUGCGUAUCUUGUGUCAAGAAAGGAGAAGCCUCCAUCUGUGAUUACAGCUCAGUCGCCUCGAAGAAAGAUCAGAGACCUCGCCCUGCUGUCAGUCAAGAUGCUGCUGCUGGUCGCUUACAGAGACUCGAAGACAUGGUCAACGGUUUGAUGCAUGCCGCUCCCAUGAGUACUUUUGUAGUCACUCCUCCAGAUUCGUUCAGUUCUCCCCAGGUCAACACUCCCGAAUAUUCGAGUGUUUCUGCAGGUGGUCACUUGAGCCAACAAGGUUCUCAAGUAAACUACAUUGGUGGCGCGCACUGGGCUUCAAUUCUCGAAAGUAUUCACGACAUUCGCUCCGUUAUGGACUCUGAUUUGAACGAUGCGCCCUCUGAACCAGCACUCAAAUCCGAUCCCCUGUUUGGCCAAGAAAAGCUUGUGACUAUUGAGCAAAUACUUGCAACACUACCAGAGCGACACAUCGUCGAUAGCCUUGUUGCAACCUAUUUCAAAGAGACUUUCCUGUCUUUAAUGUUCGUUCAUAGUGGCAAGUUCCAAAGGGAAUACGAAGCUUUCUGGAAAGAUCCAUCAUCAACCAGUUUCUGCUGGUUGAGCAUACUAUUCUCCAUCAUGUUCAUGGCAGCCAAGUUGGCCGUUGCACGAGGUCUCGCUUCAGUUUCGGAUCCGUGCAAUACCAAGAGAGCUGGCGCAUUGAGGAUGGCUGCCAAAUGCCUCGUUACAGGUCAAUACCUCAAGGCUCAGCCAUACUCCAUCGAGGCAUUGCUAUUUCACUUUCACUGCAUCUAUGCUCUCCAUGCGGAUCCUGAGAUUCAGCCCUGGCCGAUACUGACCAUGGCGACCAGACUUGCACAAAAGAUGGGCUACCACAGGGAUCCCCGACAUCUGUCAGCCAAGCUUACCCCUUUCGAGAGCGAGAUGCGACGAAGAGCGUGGCACUAUAUUGAGGUCUUUGAUAUCACCAUGUCGGCGCAACAGGGUAUCCCAGCCAUGAUCAACGAGGAUGAAUGCGAUUGUCAGUUUCCGGUCAAUCUGCUGGACGAGGACUUUGAUGAGAACACUACCGUCAUGCCAUCACCCCGAUCACAUGCCACCCACAUUCCAAUGCUCUUCUUCACUUGUAAAGUCGUUGCUGUUCGGCAUCUACGUCCAAUCAUUCGACAUGCAUUGUCUAGUCGGAGGUAUGAUCUGGAAGAAACCAACAGGCUUCACGAAGCACUUGAAAUAAGUCACCAGAGCAUUCCACCUUCCCUCCGUAUCCGCCCCAUCGCCGAAACCAGCUUUGUCGACCAAGAUUAUCUGAUCAUGCAACGGUUCAUGCUUGAGCUACAGUAUCUGAAAGGACUCUGCAUCCUACAUCGACCUUUCAUGGCAUACAAGAAGGACGAUCCAGCAUUCGGUACAUCGCGAGAAAUCUGUGUGAACUCUGCGUUGCGGCAACUUGACUUGCAGAACGACUACUACGAAUCUCUCCAGCCAGAGGGACGUCUGUACACGAGUAGAUGGAUGUUUACCAAUGUCACGCUCCAUGAACAGUUCUCAGCUGCCAUGAUCGUGUGUUUGGACCUUUCAGAAUCGAAGUCACAAAGUCCAGAGUCCAAGGCAAGAAAACUAGAAGCACUGCAGAAAUCUCGACACGUCUGGUCCAGCAAAAAGCCUGCAUAUAGGGAUGCUAUUCGUGCAAGUCACGUACUCGGUGUCAUGAUAGCAAAGUUGACUGCUCAGGAUACUCGCUCACCGCCAGCUGCUGAAACUGGUCAACUUGUCAUGCCGGGAUACUGCCCGUGCGCUCCUUUGGAGCAUAUAUUGAACCGCCCAGAAACUCCACCUGCUGUUCAGCAAGUCACUGCACUCACCGAGGAUUUGAUGGACAUUGGAUCUCUCGAAAGCAUACUAGAUAAUCCUGACAUGCUGAACUGGAAUGAUAUUGAUACCUAUUUGAUUGAUUACAGUGGUGAACUCAAUUACGCGGAACAGCGUCCAUUCGACAUGCCAGAUAUCACGCUCUGA